AUGACGGGUAUAGUAUUCACUGGCGACGCUGUCCUCAUCCGGGGUUGCGGAAGGACCGAUUUUCAGGAGGGCGAUUCAGCGACCUUGUAUAAAAAUGUUCAUGAAAAAAUCUUCAGUUUGCCUGAAGAAACGCGACUUUUCCCGGCCCAUGAUUACAGGGGAAUGAUGAUGAGCAGUGUCGAUGAAGAGAAACGUCUCAAUCCGAGACUGACGAAGAGUUUGGAAGAAUUUGUGAAGAUUAUGGAGAAUCUGAAUUUGCCUUAUCCGAAGCAAAUUGAUAAAGCUCUCCCUGCAAAUAAAGUUUGCGGUCUUUAUGACAUUCCACCGGAAUAGUUUGUGUAAAUUAAUAGACGAAGUUUGUAAUUAAUGUUGCCGGUGUCUGUUUUAAUUACGCUAUUUUUCUAAUUGAUUUGUAAUUGGACUCAAUUUCUGAUAUUAAAAUAAAAUUGGAUGCUGAAA